AUGGGCACCGGGAGUGGCAAUAUUGCUCCCGGAAACGAUCCCGUCGUGGUGCCCCAACUGGGGAGUGAAAAUGGCAGCGGGGUGAAGUGGAGGCGCACGAGCUCCGGAAUGGGUGCCCUGCGUUGUUUCACAAACAUAAUUCCCUAUGGCGGUCUCUUGUCGACGACGUUUAACCUUGCGAGCGCCACGCUUGGUGGCGGGGUGAUCAGCCUGGCCGCGGGCUUUCAGAUGAGUGGUGUCGCCUUCUCCAUCAUCCUUCUUGUCCUGGUGACGGUGUGCACUGUCUAUUCGGUCGGCCUGAUGAUGCAGGCUGUGGAGAUGACCGGCUAUAAUUCAUACGCGGAGCUCUCAAAGAAACUGUUUGGCCGGGGGUGGGACCACUUCACGGUGGUUCUCACGUGGUUGUUCACCUUUGGCACCUGUGUGGGAUAUGUCAUAGCCAUUGGCCGUCUCCUUGAGCCCGUGCUGUCCGAUCCGUCCCUGCCGGAGUUUUGGCGCUCCGAGGCUGGCAAUCGCGCGGUGACAAGUGCAAUCUGGUUUGUGGGCAUGUUCUCGUUGUCACUGCCGAAGGAGAUUAACUCCCUGCGCUACGCCUCUGCUGUCGGGGUAAUUUGCAUCUACUAUUUUAUUGCCUGCAUCGUUGUGCACUCUGUUCAGCAUGGAUUUAGAGGCGGAAAACUUCGUGAUGAUGUCGCCAUGUUCAAGUCGGGCAACGGGGCAAUCGAAGGCCUUUCCAUCUUCAUGUUCUCGUACCUGUGCCACAUGAAUUGCUUCUCCAUCUUUGGAGAAAUGCGCAAGCCGAGCGCGAGGCGCAUGACGCUCCACACAGCCUGCAGCAUGUCUUUGUGUUGCAUUGCGUACAUUGUUGCCGGCUUUUUUGGUUACGCCGACUUUGGGGACGAGGUGACGGACACUGUUCUCGUGUUUUAUGAUGUCCGACGUGAUGUGUUGAUGGCCAUUGCAUACGCAGGAAUUGUAUUGAAGCUUUGCGUUGGUUUUGCGCUGUGCAUGCAGCCCGCUCGCGAUUGCUGCUAUUACAUCAUUGGAUGGGAUGUGGCCACGAUCCCUGCAUGGAGAAAUUGCCUUUUCUGUGGAGUUAUGGCUCUCUGCGCACUGCUGCUCGGGCUCUUUAUUCCCGUGCUGAACACCGUCUUUGGGCUGCUGGGCAGUUUCUGUGGCGGCACUCUCGGCUUCUGCCUGCCGGCGCUAUACCGUAUGUAUUGUGGGAACUGGAGUCUGGGCACCGUGGGAAUCGUGAAUUAUGUUUGCACGUACCUUCUCCUCAUGGCUGGUGUGGUUGCGGUUGUCUUUGGCACAGGGGCCAGCCUGUAUGGUGUGGUUCGGUAA